ACUGCUGUCACACACGCAACGUCAACUGUUCGGCAAAGACGCCACCAUUUUUUAAGACGCAAGUCAUAUCGGCGAAAUUCCAAUUUCUAGGAAAGUAAAUCGGCAAAUAUCCCGUUAAUCCUGCAGGGAAACUCGAAAAGUCGCGAUGACCACGGGAAUGCCGGAACUGGGCUCCAGGAUCAGCCUAAUAUCGAAGGCCGAUAUCCGCUACGAAGGAAAAUUAUUUACCGUUGACCCUCAAGAGUGUACAAUAGCUUUGGCAUCGGUACGCUCAUUCGGUACGGAAGACCGAGAAACCCAAUUCCCUGUGCCAGCGCAAAACCAAGUCUACGACUACAUCUUGUUUCGCGGGUCGGACAUCAAAGACAUCCGUGUGGUGAACAAUGUCACUCAGCCCCUCAACGAUCCGGCCAUCAUGCAGCUGUCUGUACCGCCAACGCUUGGCGGGCAACAGUUUCAACAGCACCCCAUACUGGGGCACAUGGGGCACACCCCUUACGGCUCGUUUCUCCCCAUGGGCGGACUGACAACUGCCGGUGCCCCAGGACUUCAAGCGGGAUGGACUAGGAACGUCACGUCCGCACCGGGAGGUUCAAAGUCAAGUGAGUUAAUAAUAUCACCCCCGGGUGGUUCUGACGUUAACGCGACAGGUCAGGCCGUUAUGUCGCAUCCUCCUCCCGUGGGAGAACUCUCUAGACCAGGCGAACAAAAUGAUUCGGUUUUAGACUUUAUCGGAGCGGGCGCGGCGAGCCGAAGCACCACACCCGCCUCACUCGGUUCUCGAAAAUCGGUGUCCGUCGAUCAGGGAACCCAGGCAGGUGGAAGUAACCAAAGAGAUGGUAAUCGGAGGCAGGUGAAGCCUAUUCAGCCCCCAAGGGGCGGCGGACAACCCAGGAACAAAUCGAGAGAUCGCAGAGAUUCAGGCAAUAGAAAUGUCGAUAAUCGAGAGGAGUACGGGAACUAUAGUCGCGGGCAACAACAAAAUAGGGGACGUCCGCAGUACCAAAACAAUCAAGCGUACAAUAAUCAGGGUUAUAAUAAUCAAGGAGGCGGAGGAGGAGGAGGAGGCGGAUACAAUAAUAGAGGAGGAUGGGCGAGGGGCAUGCCCAGAGGCAGGGGCAGACCGAAAACGGGAAGUUUCAGGCCCGGGGGUCCGGUCGGCCAAGCCAACAAGAAAACUCUUAAGUUCGAUAGCGAAUACGAUUUUGAAUUGGCCAAUACCGAGUUCGAGGAGCUGCGGAAUAAGUUGGCCAAGGCGAAGAUCGACGAUGGUAGCGGCAGCUCUAAGUCGGCGGAGGCCCCCGUGGCCAACGGUGGUGCCCCCGUCGAAUUGGAGAAGAAGGAAGAUUCCGGGAACGAGACCGGAGCUGGAGAGACUGAACAUGAGGAGGACCAGGAGAUUUUCUAUGAUAAAGCCAAAUCAUUCUUCGAUAAAAUCUCUUGCGAAGCUGUCGAGAGAGCAAAGGGAAAAAUGCAGCGGACGGACUGGCGUCAAGAGAGGAAAUUGAACUCGGAAACUUUUGGCGUUGCCGCAACGAGGAGGGGAAACUACCGUGGCCGAGGAGGUUUUCGAGGCGGUUACCGUGGUGGCUACCGCGGCGGAUAUCAGAGGUAUCCCCAACAGCGCAGACCUUUCGAUCAGCAACAAAAUAAUCCACAAGUGAGCGCCGUGACGGUGAAUACCCCGCUGACCAGCGAAGAAGCUGUAGCGAAAAAGAAUGCCGAAACCAAAAAAGAGGCCGAUCUUGUCGCUAAACCGUCAAUCCCGCUAGAACAUACUUUGACACCAUCCGAUGGUGGUGUUGUGGCAGAAGCAAAAAAGGUAGCGGAGGAGGGCAAGGAUGUUCAAGAUUCGAUAAUUCCUGUUGAUCAGGGUAAUGAGGAUUCUUGUCUGAUAGAGGAUAAAUUAAAGUGUGACAGUUCAAUGAUGCACGAAAUUGGCGAGGUCCAAACGGCUGCUGCUGCUGCCGCUUGUGUUGGACAGUGAAACCAUGAUCUGAAUUAACUCCUCCCCAAGCCUCACUGACACAGGAGCCAACAAACAAAACGAGAAAAACUGACUGAAAAUGGGAAACGAUUAUAAGUAUAAACACAAAAACAUAUAGUGCGCCACUGAAUCGGGAACUGUAUCAGUUUAGACUGUGAUUAAUUUAAUGAAUAUUAUACUCGCGACGGCGCGUUCUCAAAGUCAGAAAAGGGGGUAAAGUGGCGGGUGGUUUUCUUUAAAAAAAAAACACUUCUGGUGUCAGUAUUAACUGUUUAGGAUUUGUAAUGUACCUUAAGUGAUAAAUACUUUUAUUUUAUAUAAAAAAAAUAUAUCCGGAGCCAAGCUGUGGACGACUGCGCUCGCGUAUUAGUGUAUAUUUUUUACUGCCUUAGGAGAAUAACAAGUUUUUUUUUUGUAAUAAUAAAAAGCAGUGGUAGCUUUAUAUAGGAUCUGGUGGAACGGGUUGAGACAUGACUUUGAGUUUUUUUUUUUGAUUUGGUACAAAGGGUUUAUGAAUGUAUGAAAUUUUCAGUUGAAAUAAUAAAUUUUGUUCUAACCAGACUUCCGUACCCUAUAUUGUUGUAAUUUAUUGAAUUAUUGUUAAAUAAAUAGGUGGACUUUGUAAUUACAGAGUUUGAUAAAUAAAAUGCACUUUUUGAGUUUUUCUAGAAGA